CACGUGACUCGCUCUGGGCGCAGGGGUCGAGGAAGCCGAGAGGCCGGAGCUUAGGUCCGGGAGGGAUGGAGCGCUGAGCGGUUAACGUCUGCCCGGCUUCCCACCUUCGCACCCGCCGCCGCCGCCGCCUCCGAGACACCUUCCCGGCUUCUCCGUUGAUUUCCAAAGAGAUAACCAACAUGACUGAGUUCUGGCUCAUAUCUGCUCCUGGGGAGAAAACCUGUCAGCAAACAUGGGAGAAACUCCACGCAGCAACUACGAAGAACAAUAACCUGGCGGUUUCUUCCAAGUUCAACAUUCCUGACUUGAAGGUUGGCACGUUGGAUGUCUUGGUUGGCUUGUCGGAUGAACUGGCUAAACUGGAUGCAUUUGUAGAAGGAGUGGUCAAGAAAGUGGCUCAGUACAUGGCUGACGUGUUGGAGGACAGUAAAGAUAAAGUUCAGGAGAACUUGCUGGCCAGUGGAGUUGACUUGGUUACUUAUAUAACAAGGUUCCAGUGGGAUAUGGCCAAAUAUCCAAUCAAGCAAUCUCUGAAAAACAUUUCUGAAAUAAUUGCCAAGGGAGUAACUCAGAUUGAUAAUGACCUGAAGUCUCGAGCAUCCGCAUAUAAUAAUCUGAAGGGGAAUCUUCAGAAUUUGGAGCGAAAGAAUGCGGGAAGUUUGCUGACUCGGAGCCUGGCAGAAAUCGUGAAGAAAGAUGACUUUGUUCUUGACUCAGAGUACCUGGUCACGCUACUGGUGGUCGUCCCCAAGCUGAACCACAACGACUGGAUUAAGCAGUAUGAAACACUCGCGGAGAUGGUAGUCCCGAGGUCGAGCAAUGUUCUUUCAGAGGACCAAGACAGUUACCUAUGUAACGUCACCUUGUUUAGAAAAGCAGUUGAUGAUUUCCGACACAAAGCCAGAGAAAACAAGUUCAUAGUCCGUGACUUCCAGUAUAACGAGGAGGAGAUGAAAGCAGAUAAAGAAGAGAUGAACAGGUUGUCUACAGACAAGAAGAAGCAGUUUGGACCACUUGUGCGGUGGCUUAAAGUGAAUUUCAGUGAGGCGUUUAUUGCGUGGAUUCAUAUAAAAGCACUAAGGGUUUUUGUUGAGUCUGUUUUAAGGUAUGGUUUGCCGGUGAACUUCCAGGCGAUGCUCCUGCAGCCUAACAAGAAAACGGUGAAGAAACUAAGAGAAGUUUUACAUGAACUGUACAAGCACCUCGACAGCAGCGCAGCCGCUAUCAUCGAUGCUCCUAUGGAUAUUCCUGGCCUAAACCUGAGUCAGCAAGAAUACUACCCCUAUGUAUAUUACAAGAUUGAUUGCAACUUGCUGGAAUUCAAGUAAAAAUGAGCUCCUCCUAGACAGUCCUGUUCUUGUGUUGGUGUGUGCUCACAGAAUUAAGUCUCGUAACCUCAUGCCCUCUGCUUGCUCCUUCCUUUUCCCUAGGUGAAUUUUCUUAUGUGGUCCAUAUCUCAACAUUUGCUUUUUAAAGGAAAAGAAAAUAUAUAUAUAUAUAUAUUGUUUCUUUUUAUUGAUCAGGUCUGUAAAUGUGUACUGAGAAUAAUCAGAGUUUAUUUAUAAAUACAAUAGCUUAUUUAAAGAGGUAUUUUCCUCCUUGCUAUCAUGGUAUGCAUAAUUCUGUGUGUUACUGUUGUGCACAGCCUUGUUUACAGGAGAAUGGUGUAAACAUACCGUUUUGUUCCCUGUAUUUAGUAGACAUAGCUGUCCAGUAGUUCCUAAGUUGUGAUGUAGAGCAAUGUGACAUUUGGGUGUGUGUUGUAUUUUCUCAACACUCUGUGUCAGCACUGUUGACCCCCACAGGACAGAAUAAAGAACCUGCGCAGUGUGCUGUGUGACUUGAGAGGGUGUCACUGUGGUGCGGGCUCAGGGAAGGCACAGUCUGACCCUUUCAGAGGACUGCUUUCAGGGUUUCCCUACUGCCGAGCUGUGAGCAUUUGUGUCUGACUUGCAUAUGAUUAAUUGUGCCAAAUUGAGCCAGCGCACAAAUCUGAAGGUUAUUUUUCCAACACAUGGUGAUAUUUAUAUUUGGACACCGGACGCCUAGUCCUCUUAAUAAGAAGUGGGGCAGUUUUGAAUAAAGUGAGCAAAACCAUG